AUGGAUCGCUCCCGCUCCAAGCGCGGCUACCACUACGACCAGGACUCCCCGCCGCCCCGCUCCAAGCAGCGCUUCGACCGCCGCAGCGGCGGCGGCGGCCAGAAUGCUAACUCGAGCUACCACCGCCGCGGCCCCCCCGGCGGCGGCGGUGGCUCCGACCGCCGCGGGUUCCUGCCCCCCGACGCCGCGCCGCCCCCGCCCCCGCCUCCUCCUCCUCCCUCGUCGGCCGCUGCGGGCGGCGGCGCUGGUCCCACCACCACCACCUCCUUCCGCAUCCUGUGCCCCGAGUGCAAAGCCUACGGCUUCCCACCCGGCUUCGUUGCCAAGGUCCGGGACGAGAGCGGCGCGUUUGUUACUGUGCACCCGCCCUUCGCGGGCGACUACGUCCGGGUCAUCGAGACGGUCGACGGCGCGAGGCGCGAGGCGGACGGCCGCCCGCCCAUGUUCUCCCCGGCCCAAGAGGCAAUCCUCAUGGUGCACCGCCGGAUCCUCGAGACCGACGCUGACGACGGCGACGAGGACGGCGAGUAUGGGCCCAGGGGCAAGGACCCCAGGGACAGGGGGAAGACCACCACACGACUCAUCGUGCCCAAGCUGCAUGUCGGAUGCCUGCUCGGCAAAGGCGGGAAGAUCAUAGAGCAAAUGAGGAUGGAGACCAAGACGCACAUCAGGAUCCUGCCACGUGACCAGCACACACCGCGCUGCGUCUCCUUGUCCGAGGAGGUUGUACAGGUUGUUGGAGAUGGAAAUUGUGUUAAGAAGGCUGUAGCAAUAAUCACUGAUCGCCUAAAGGAAAGCUUACACCGUGAUCGUGGUCCCUUCCGCGGGCGAAUGAAUUCACCAGAACCUCGAAUUUCUCAGGAAGAUGAAUAUUUGGGUGGUGUUCAACAGAUGCCCGCAUAUGAGGAAUCUUUGGGACGACCUGAUCAGAUUAGGAACAACAUUAGCAUGGAGCCACCAGGAUAUGAGUUUGAUUCAAAUGGUGGCAAGGUCAUUGAACAUGCAGAUAUCCUGUACGAUGACAUCGUUUUUCGAAUUCUAUGCCCAAAUGACAAGGCUGACAGUUUAGUUGCAAUGCGUGAUGGAAUACUAGAGAUGCUACAGGCUGAUGUUGGUGUUGAUGUUAGCCUAUCUAAUAUUAUUGCUGGUUCUGAUGAAAGGGUAGUAAUCAUCACAUCCAGAGAGGGCCCAGACCAUGAGCUUUUCCCGGCUCAGGAAGCAGUGCUGCACAUUCAAACUCAUAUUGUAGACCUUGGCCCGGACAAGGAUAACAUUAUCACAACAAGACUACUUGUACCUUCAAGUGAAAUUGCUUGCUUUGAUGGAAGGGAGGGGUCAUUAUCUGAUAUACAGAGACAGACUAGUGCAAACGUGCAGAUAUUACCAAGAGAAGAUCUUCCAUCAUGCGCUUUAGAGUCUGAUGAACUCAUACAGAUUGUUGGAGAGAUUAGAGCUGCUCGGAAUGCUCUGAUACAAGUAACAACAAAAUUAAGGAGUUUUCUAUACCGUGAGAUGUCUGGCCCUAUUCAAGUUGGCAAUAUCAAUGUACAUGGAGCCAUUUCUCCAGUAGCAGGUUCACCUCGAGGACCAUACCAGGGAAAUGAUAUUCCAAUUGGUACUUAUCACCAAGCAGCACAACUGGCAACUUCAUGGCAUUCAAAGGAUAGUGGAGGCAGUGCAAGUGGUUCAUUUGAGCAAGGCAGCAGCAUUAAUGAUGAUAUCAGGCAAAGUGCUACAAAAAGAUUUGCUGUUCCUCUAGUGACUAGGAGCACACUAGAAGUUGUCAUACCAAACAGUGCUGUUGCAAGCCUCACCAUGAGAGCUGGUAGCAAGCUUGCUCAAAUAAGCGAGAUCUCUGGUGCUACUGUAACGCUAGCUGAGGACAGACCUGACAUCUUGGAGAAAGUUGUUCGAAUAUCUGGUACCCCUGAGCAGGCUAGCAAAGCUGAGAAUUUGCUGCAGGGAUUUAUUCUUAGCAUUCCAGAUGACAUUCCUUCAGGCUAG